AUGUCGUCGUUUUUCUUUUCCACGCCCGUCGACAUCGACAUAGUACUCGAAGAUGCCGACGAACGAGAGACCGUUGAUAUCAAGCUCGAUAAGAACAGGCGCGAAAAGGCGCCGUUGUAUAUGGACGGGGAGUCCGUAAAAGGCGCAGUCACAGUUCGACCCAAAGAUGGAAAGCGAUUAGAGCACACAGGCAUCAAGGUCCAGUUUAUAGGGAUGAUUGAAAUGUUUUUCGAUCGGGGUAACCACUACGAAUUCCUCUCCCUUGUACAGGAACUUGCGGCACCGGGCGAGCUCCAACAUCCACGUACCUUUACUUUUAAUUUCAAAAACGUUGAGAAGCAGUAUGAAUCAUACAACGGCAUCAAUGUCAAGCUACGGUACUUUGUCCGGGUUACUGUUUCUCGCAGAAUAGCAGAUGUCGUGCGUGAGAAGGACAUUUGGGUGUACUCCUACAAAAUGCCACCAGACAACAACGCUCCGAUAAAGAUGGACGUGGGUAUAGAAGAUUGUUUGCAUAUCGAAUUCGAAUAUUCAAAAUCAAAGUAUCACCUGAAAGAUGUUAUUGUCGGGAGGAUAUAUUUUCUGCUAGUUCGGUUGAAGAUCAAACACAUGGAGUUGUCCAUUAUUCGUCGGGAGACGACAGGGUCACCGCCCAAUCAGUAUAACGAGAGCGAGACGCUGGUCAGAUUUGAGAUCAUGGACGGCUCUCCGUCAAGAGGAGAAACGAUACCAAUCAGAUUGUUCCUGGGCGGAUUUGACUUGACUCCCACAUUUCGUGACGUGAACAAGAAAUAUUCGACGAGGUACUAUCUCAGCCUCGUCCUGAUUGAUGAAGAUGCCCGGCGCUAUUUCAAGCAAUCCGAAAUCACACUGUUUCGACAACCCCCAGAGCUCUUGCCAGCACCUGGCGCAGAGCCGCAAUUGCAGCAGAACAUGCCGUCACGUUCACAGCCUGAAGCAGGUGGUGGCGCAGACGGACACGAUGCGAACCUGGGUGCUGACCCCAGAGUGCAAGGGGAUCACCAAGUUCCCGCAGCCGCUUGA